UGUUUUUUUUUUCGAGUUUACUGUUUCGGGUUAUUAUUUAUUACUAAACAGCGAUAAUGUAGACAUGGACGAUGUUAGGUGAUUGAAGUURUACGUUGUAAUUUUAGAAAUCUGAUCGACAUCUAUCGCGUUGUACCAUGAAUCGRACACUGAGUCGUUUGGCUGUCGUCAGACGUGUGUUCGCCAAUAAUCACGGGCGGCGGAAUGCGUUCGCUCAAGUCUGGCCGGUGUUCGCCUCUUCUCCUUCUUAUUCUUCUUCAGCACUUCGUACUACUUACGUUAAUGUAGAAAAUCAUAACGCUCAUAACGUAAUGGUCAACGAUCCUGGGUAUCGUUCUACUGUCGUAAAUCCAGACGCCCACGCUGUCGACUGGCCAGCAGCUAUUACUGCUCAGCAGUUCCAUGUGCUCAUCAGCCAGGACUUCAGUGCUAAGACGGCUGACGAGGUGUUCAAUGACUUUACAGCAAUCAGCUCAUACGCUAGGGGCAGAGAUUACCGGCUGGCUGAUACCCUGUACGAUGGUCUUCGGGACCGCCUGAUUGCUGUCUUGACUCAAAUGACUGACCAGCAGCUGCUGUCUAUAUUUGCUCUCAUACCACUGUGGGACACUAAAGAUGCYAAGGAUCCCGCUUACCACCGUUUAUGGUCUGAGUUUGACCGACAGUGCAUUGACAGGCACAGGCGUUGGACUCUCAACAAGCUUUUAUUAUUCAUGGACCACUGGUACUUGAUGAGGUUGUCUAGAUUGAGCAAUUUUGUUUGGAUAGGUGUCCGGAAGCUAGCUCGGAAGCCGUCAAGGUUGACACCUAAGCAAUUAGUUCAGAUGAUGUUUUAUGCUAACACAAGUAGAAAGUUUUUACCAACACUACCAAUGUAUGAUAUCGAACAAGAAAUAUGUUCUUAUUACAAUGACUUUAAUAUUAAAGAAUUGGGCAUAGUGGCUUUAGGAUUUUUUAAAACUCAAACACCCAUACGUAAUCAAGAGCUUGUAAAAAAUCUAUACAACUCUGUAAUCAAAGAGAUUUCCAACAUUAACAGCAUAGAGUUGGCUGCAUUUUUAAAGGUACUUUUAUGGGUAUCAUUUUUAGGAAAAAGAUUAUCCAGAUUUAAUAUACCCCGUGAUAUUGUAAGUUUGAACAAUAGUGUUCUAGUCGAAUGCCCCGACUAUUCUGGUUCAUUACUACCAGAUACAUUAAAAGAAUCUUGCAAUGAACAUUUAGCAUGGCAUAUACCUACUUCAAGUACUAUGGCUAAAUUGGGUACAAAUGACAAAAACUUUAUAAAACUUUACAUGGAACUUCUAAGGUUAUUCAAAAAUGACUCGUCCUGUUUACAUGYGUGUUACCCUCUUCCUCAUCAUCCAAAAUCUGAUAUAUUAUUUUGUAUUAGUACAAACGGUAAACCAGUAGCUAUUCCUGAAACAAUGAAAAAUAGAACUGUAUUCAAUGAUUUCCAGAAACCACCAAACUUAGGAAAAUGGUUUGCUGUAAUGACACUUGUGAGAAAUUCGGUACUUUAUUAUAGUAAUGAAUAUAAUGGUUUAACAUCUUGUAAAAUCAGACAGCUAAAGAAACUUGGCUAUGAGCCAAUUUUGUUUACUGUUAAAGAGCUGGGAACUGAAUGUGACUUUCAAACAUUAUUAUCUGACAAAUUCAAGAGUCAUGGAAUAAUUGUUAAUUAACAAUUUUUAAGGGUUAGUUUUUGUUUAUUUUCAAUUGAUAAAUA